CUACAAGCCGUGCUAAAAUAUUUUUUUAUUUUAUAAUUCUUAACAUGCUAGGAAAUACUGUCAGAAUGAAAAAAAAACUAAUUUCAUGUGAAAUCAAAUUACUUUAUUGUUGUAAAAGUAGCCAAAAUACUUAUUCAAAAACUUUAUAAAUUAACUAGUUCUGAACGAAAGGGCCAUCUCUAUCGGACGUACAUCAUGAUGUUCGCAUUUCGAUUUUGUUUUGAUUCCGUUUAGACAAAAAAAAUUAAAAAUGUCUGAAAUAAUAGCCGAGGAAAAGCCCAAAGAAAAGCAAAGGGUAAACCGGCGCAAGGAUAAAAAAGACAAAACCAGCCAGAUAAUCAAGAUUGUCAUGAGGCAUUUGCCGCCCACCAUGACAGAGACCGACUUCCUGGACCAGGUGGGUCCGUUGCCGGAAAACGAUUCCUAUUACUACUGCCCAGCAGACUGGUCUCUGGGCCAAGAGGCCACCUGCCGCGCCUACAUUGACAUGUCUAUGAAAGACAUCAGCGAAGUGCUGCAGUUCCGGGACCGAUUCGAUGGUUACGUCUUUGUAGACGCCAAGGGUGUAGAAUACAUGGCUAUCGUGGAGUACGCCCCCUUCCAGUGUUUUUUUAAGAAUAAGGCCAGGAAUGACGACAACAAAGUGAACACAAUUGAGAACGAAUCCCAUUAUCAGGAAUUCAUCCAGCGGCUAGCCGACGAGCGGGAGGAGGCGAGUCGAAUGGGCGACGUCAAGAUCGACUUCUCAUUUGACCGUCGGGCCGAUGAGAAGGUGAAGUCCACACCCUUGCUGCAAUACUUGGCCAAUAAGAAAGAGAAGCGCCGAGAGGAGGCUCGAAAGCGAAACGAAGAGAAACGCAAACUGCGUGAGGAGCAGAAGCAGGCCCGCUUGGCGGAACAGGGGGACACCAGCAAGGUCAAAGACACAGGAGUCGGUGGCGAAGAUACCAAGAAGACUGUAGGUAACAAUACCAAGAAAGAGGGUAGGGAUCCCCCGGUGGCUGCAGCUCAAGGCAACGAGGCCAAGACUUCCCGCUCCAAGCGCCGAACUGAGCGGGAUCAGCGACGACGGGAGGAGCACGAGCAACGAAAACUAGCGAAGCGGGAUAAGAAAAAAGUAGAGGUUUCAGGAAAACAAGAGAAGGAAAAACCAUGUACCGGCAAGCAAAACAAAAACCCAAAAGCUGAGAAGGACAUCGUUAUUUUAAAGAAAGAAAACAAACCAGAGCCAAAACAAAAUUUAGAACUACAAGCUACUUCCAAGGCAGCGGAAGAUACGAAGGAAAAAGAAAGGAAUGAAGACACUGGUAUGUCAGAGGCUGUAAGCACAAUUAUACAGGCUGUCGGCAGUCAGACCAAUAAGCAAAAUCGCGGGGAAGUACAAGUAGCAGCUCCUUCUCACUACUCAACUGCCGAGGAGGCCAUCAAGGCUGCACAAUUCCGGGCUUCGGAAGAGCGACGUAUUCGUAACAAGGAUCGGCCCUCUAUUGCCAUUUACCAACCAAAAGCGCGGAUCCGCGUAGGAUCAGAUGAGCUGCCCCAAAGUUCGGGCGGUAAAGACGCUUCGGAUGGAGAGGCCUCGAUAGUAGAGGAAAAAACAGCCAAGAAGACAAAGCGCUCCAACCGUCGCAACAAAUCAAAGCCCAAAGAGGCGAAGGAUAAUCAACUAGACGACCGACGCGUUUCGAAAUCUCCAGAGAGUGGAAAUAGUGUCAAAUAGCGAUAACGGGUUUUAUUCUUAAAUAAAUGUACACAUGGACUGAGCUAUACGGUCAAUAGAACUCGUCCUCCAUU